CCAACCAGCUUCCCUACCUCCCACACAGUUCAGCAGUGAAAUCUAUGCAUAUUUGUCUCUAUCAUGCUUGGUGACUCCACGGCAAGACGAAAGGAGUUGAAUGUCCUGUGGAAUUGAUUUUCCAGUCAAUUGCUUGGACCCCUCUCUCUCUCUUUUAUUUUUCCAUGGACAUGACAUGAUAUGGGAUGAGUUUUAAACAUUUCCAAUCAGUUUAACUCUACUCUGAGCCUUCAAAAUGUCUAGGGCAUCACUGCUGGCGAGGAAUGCUGAUUUAUACGAAUGUGUCAAUGCAACAGAACAGCUGGCAUCCUUAACAGGCAACCAAACAGUCCAGAAAAGCUGGUCUGAAGAUGCCUCACUUGGUUUGGGGACACUCUGUACCAUUUAUGUAGCCUAUGCCACCAUCAUUUCAAUGGGUCUUCUAGGCAAUGUCAUCCUCGUCAAAGUCUUCUUCAAGAUCAAAUCAAUGCAGACGGUCCCCAAUAUUUUCAUCACCAGCCUGGCUUUUGGGGAUCUGCUCCUGCUGCUCACCUGUGUGCCGGUUGAUGCUGCCUGUUACAUUGUGGAUACGUGGUUGUUCGGAAGAAUCGGCUGCAAGCUACUGUCUUUUAUUCAGCGAACCUCCGUUGGAGUAUCCGUAUUCACCUUAACGGUCCUCAGUGCAGACAGGUACAAGGCAAUUGUGAAACCCUUGGAGCUCCAUGGGGCUGAUGCUGUCCUGAAGACCUGCGGCAAAGUCACUUGCAUCUGGAUUGUCUCCAUGUUAUUCGCUGCUCCAGAAGCCGCAUCUUCUGAUCUCUACGCUUUCCACAUGCCUGAGAAAAACACCUCCCUCGAAACCUGCGCACCUUAUCCUGUCUCUGAACGUGUCCUGCAGGAGGUCCACUCCCUGGUUUGCUUCUUGAUUUUCUACAUCUUACCACUGGUGAUCAUAUCCAUCUACUACUUUCUUAUUGCCAAGACACUCUACAAAAGUACUUCCAAUAUGCCCGCAGAAGAGCAGGGCCAUGCCCGUAAACAGAUCGAAUCCCGCAAGCGAGUUGCCAGAACCGUGCUGGUCUUGGUAGGCUUGUUUGCCUUCUGCUGGCUGCCGAACCACACCCUCUACCUGUACCGUUCGUUUACCUACCACGCUUCCAUAGAUACAUCCGCUCUGCAUCUCGUGGCAACUAUUUUCUCGCGGGCCUUGGCCUUCAGCAACUCUUGCGUCAACCCCUUUGCCCUCUACUGGCUGAGUAAAAGCUUCCGCCAGCAUUUCAAGAAGGAACUCUUGUGCUGCAAAGCCAAGGUGCCCGUGAGGCGGCCCAGCAUCACGCAGAACAACACCCCGAGCAGAGCUACGUCAGUCACGGGCUCGGAAAUCAGUGUCACUUUGCUCACGGAUUAUAGCAUCACCAAAGAAGAGGAGAGUGUUUAAUUGUACUUGGGCUGAGGAUCAUCCUCCUGGCUAGGAUCGCCAGCAAGAACCAGAAGACCGCUGAAUGUUGAGUAGAGCCUCUCGUAUUUGGUAGAAACCUUUCCCAUGCGACUUAAGAUUUCAUACCCCGGCAUAACACAACUUCACUGCAAAUCAUAGCCAUCUGUUUCACACAUU